GCUCUGUGAAUUCGUACGUGGUCCGCGCAGUGCUGUAAGGUUCUCUGCUAUGAGCGGUCAGUCGCGAUAUAUUUUUGUUAGUGUAAAUGUGCCUUAAGUUAAUAGUAAAAAAAAAUUUUUUUUUUUCGCUAACCCAAAAUAAUGGUUCAGAAAAUCGCCCCGAAAAUCGGAAGCCCCAUUCACAGAGGCAUGGCAACCUCCCUAGAUGCCACCGAAGAGAUGGCGGAUUACGAAACCGCGCUGGACAAAGCAGGGUAUGGCCGCUUCAGCCGGAGUGCUUUAGGAGCGUGCGUGUGCGCUUUCUUCGCAUCAGGAGUGCAGAACUGCAUUAUGUCUUACGUCCUGCCGGCGGCCAGAUGUGAACUACAACUGACGACAUACCAAGCAGGGUUGAUCAAUAUGGCUUUUAUGAGCGGUGGUGUCGCGAGUGCGUUCUUCUGGGGUAUUGUGGGCGAUGUCUUCGGCAGGAAGAGCACCCUAAGCUUGACAUUGCUCCUGGACGCAGCGAUAACUUUAGCCCAGAGCACCGUUCCAGACUACAGACUUCUGCUGGCAGCUAGAACCAUCAAUGGGUUCAUUAUAGGAGGUCCAGCUACACUGGUCUUUACGUAUUUAUCAGACCUAGUUGGAGUUAAGAAGAGACAAUUCUAUCUUAGCAUGGUGGGAAUGAGUUUUGUUGCGGCCUGGUUACUUUUGCCUGCACUCGCCUGGAUGGUGAUUCCAUUUAAAAUCCCGGACUAUCCAACGCUCUUGCCAAUUUACUCGUGGAGGCUGUUUCUUGCCCUGGGCAGUCUACCGGGCUUCAUCGCGGGAAUCUGGGUGCUGUACUUACCUGAAAGUCCUAGGCUGCUUUUGGACACAAACCGAGGCGAGAAAGCGUUGAAGUUAAUAGCUAAUAUUCAUAAAGCUAAUAAUGGCAAGAAUUCGGAUUUCAAGAUCAAAAAGCUGAUAGCCGACAAUAUAUUCGUGGCGAAAACUCUAAAUGUUGAUGAAAAUAAAACGAUUACUUUGCUGAUGGGAGUUUUGAAGGAUUUGAAGAUAUUUGUGUCGAAGAGCUACGCUAUGAAAUCCAGUCUCAUACUUUUCGUGUUCUUCGCUAAUAUGGCGGCAGGAUUUGGCCUAAACAUGUGGAUCCCAGAACUGCUACUCAGGAUGCAGGGAAGAGAAUGCAAGAGCGCCGCGUUGAAUCAGACCGCCUCAGCUCUCCACAAUGGAACGCACGUGGCUUGGAAGGAACUCACCAAACUAUACGACUCAUAUGCUAAGCCUGAACUGGUGGCCAAUUAUAACAGCACUGGUUUUGAAGGUCACGGAUGGCGCGAAGAAAAAUGCGAUGCCACUAUGGAUGACGAGAUCUUCACGUCAGGCCUAAUCGUGGGAGCUUGCUGCGUGCUCGGUAAUGCUGCGUGCGCUAUCCUCUGUGCCAAGGGUGGGGCUCGAGGAGUCAAGAACUCAGCGGCCGCGUGCGCUGGGGCCUGUGCCCUGGCUUCCGCCUGUUUGGCAGCGAGCGCAUGUUCCUGCUCCAACUCCAACAAGAUAGCUGUAGCGGCUGCAGCAGCUUUGAAUGCUGCUUCUCUGAAUGGAAACGUGCUGUUGAUCAGACUGUUGUUGAAUGCUUUACCAGCGAAAUUGAGUGGCCUUGGGGUUUGCUGGGGUGCAUGGUGGGGCAGAGCAGGUGGUGUGGCUUCCAAUCUAGCAGUAGGAGCAUUGCUAGACCUCUCCUGUCCAGCCCCUUUUAUUGCCGUAGCAGCUUUAUUAGCUUUAUCAAUAGGCUGCAUAAUGGUGAUCAAGAUAGAUGAAUCACAAGACGAAACGCGAAAAGAAGAAGACAAUUCGAAUAUAGAAAGAUACAUAUCAACUUACAUGUAGAUAGAAAAAUAUGAUUAAUCGCUAAUUGAAUUAGAAGUAUAAUGCCUUGAAACGCAUUAAGAAUUUAAAACUUUAACUGCAAGAAUAAAUCGAUUAAUUUUGUAUAGUCCCUGUUUUUGAAACAUCAUUUUUGCAAUGAUCAUGUUUGGGACCUCCACUCCUAGGCCCUUUUAAAAACGUAAUAGCAACUAUAUGUUGUAUCUAUAGAUACAUAAUAAGUAUGUUAUAAUAUUAUUGGACUUGGUCAAACAGAAUGAUAGAUUUUUUAUGUAAUAAAAAUCUUAACUGCAAUAGUUGUAUAAUGACACGGCAGUUAAUGCUACUCCAAGAUGACGUCAUAAGGAAUUGCGUUCGUCCUUGUUUCCUUCGUGGAUUGACUCGAUGGCGCAGUAGUUAAUACCAUUGACUGCUGGAACGAGGGUCACAGGUUCUAUUCCCACAUGGAGCGAACAUUCGUGUGAAUUGUUUGUUUUUUGUCUUAGUGUUUUAUAAUUGUGUAUGUGGAUGUCGAAGCGUAUGCUUAAACUAUGUCAAUGGUCUCUGGUUCUUACAGUUUAGCGAAUUCUAGAUUGAAGUUAGAUGAGUGAUGGUGUGUGAUUGGUCUUACAUUAUUUAUUUAUUUAAUUGAUGCCGGACAGGUGUUUGUAGAAGUGAAACAAAAGCUUAGCUUAACUUAUAUUUCGAAUUAUAAACGCGGAUCAAAAAUAGACUUUUGAUAUUAUAGACUGUGAUCUUAAAUUUUUUAUUAAUCAUUGAUUAAAUCAAAUUAAAUGUUUAUUGACGACUGUUCGCACUUACCUUGGUGGAGUUUAGUUAUAUUUUUAUAGUAAAAAAAAUUGUAUAUUUAAAAACAAAAUGUAAUCAUACGUUUCACUGGUGGUAGGACCUCUUGUGAUACUGGUGGUAGGACUCCUGUGAGUUCGCGCGGGUGGGUACCACCGCCCUGACUAUUUCUGCCGUGAAGCAGUAAUGCGUUUCGGCUUGAAGGGUGGGGCAGCCGUUGUAACUAUACUGAGACUUAGAACUUAUAUCUCAAGGUGGGUGGCGCAUUUACGUUGUGGAUGUCUAUGGGCUCCAGUAACCACUUAACACCAGGUGCGCUGUGAGCUCGUACACUCACCUAAGCAAUAAAAAAAAAACGUAUUAGAUAUUAAGGUAACAAUUUGUAGAUCCAUUUUUUUCAACUGACAAUUAAUGUCAUUUGUUACUGUAAUAAAAUUUGUAAAUUUAAAUCUUACCUUUCGUAAUUUUUUUCGUACCUUUCAAUUUUUUUAUAUUUUAUUGGUUUAAUGAUCUGUUUAUUUUGUUAUUAUUUUCUUCUGUAAUUAGAGAUUGAUUCGUUAAAAGCUUUUAAAAUCUUAACUUAAAAAAACCCAUGCCUACAUUAUAAGUAGUUAUUAAGAUCUCGUUAGUAAAAUUUAGUAGCGACAUAUCUUUGUAAUAUUUUUAAUAUUAUGUAUGAAUUUCGCGCCACAAAAUGGAAAAAUAAUAUUUGUGUACAAAAAAUUAAGUAAAACUUU